AUGGCUACCGCCCAGCCCAUCGCGUUCCAUACGAAUGCGAACGAUGAUGUUGUGAUGGGCUCUGGCUCCCUGUCGAACCAGAAUGGUUCAUUCAAUGCCGCAUCGUACACCCGCCGCAUUAUCGGUUCACCUUCAUUAUCGUGGCGCGGAGGCUCCUACGGCAACAUGUUCUUUACUGGGGCAUCACCAGGACAUCUCCUCGGCUCAUUAGAUCCCAAUGACUUCAAAUUCGGCAAGAUGUCCUCGUCGAUCGAAAGUGACAAAGGUUCAAUAGUCAACGCUCUUAGCGCAUUCGAGCGUCAGGAUGAACUGUGCCGCGAUUAUACGUGCUGUGGACUCAAUCUGACGGAUCUGCAUGCUCUCGUCGACCAUUUCGAAGAGUGCCAUGUCGUCGUCGUGGACCCCUAUGCCCCCCAGCAGCCACUCCCUAGCGCCGCCACGCUGCCGCCACAGCAGCAGCAAAGUUCGUACUUCCCCGAACACAACGGCGUUUCGGUAGCGCCUGCGUACCAGGGAUCAUUCGAUCCUGAUGAUAUGGAGUUGGACAUGGACCACCCGAGCGCUCCGUCAUCGGGAGCUUCCUCUCCUCCCGACACGCCUGUCUCAACGCCGCUGUCCUCCUACCCAUCUGGUGCAUUCCCUCAUUCGCACCCAGGCUCCCAAUGUUCCUCGCCGCACCCAGCGCCCGUGUCCGCAUUCGAGACUACCACCGUGCUGCCUUCCCGCUCCGGUCAUUCGCCCCUCUCCGUCGGCUUCCCUCCUGCGACACGGCCCAUGGGCGCCAUCCAGGGACGUCCGGAGGAGGCGUUCAACGCCUACGCUGGGUACUCUGACUACUCCGCGCUAAUGCCCGGCACCGUCGCAUCGUCAUCUCGCUCUGCGGCACCGAACGCCGACGGCUCGGCUGUUGCCGACCCUAACAACCCGUACGCGCCGCGCUCGACCUGUGUCCCCCCGGCGUUGCUGCAUCACAGCGCUAGCAACACCCCUGAAGGCACGCCUGCCUCGUCGCGCGUUGCCUCGCCUGCGCUCCGCAACGUUGCUACGGCAACGGGGUCGACGGUGUCCGGUGCCACUGCAUCCACAUCCGGCUCGUCGUCAAAUCCGAACAAUACUCCGCGCGCAAGCACGACGCUCUCCCGUCCUGCGACGUCUCUGCUCCUCAGCAAGCCGUUCAAGUGCCCGAAGCCGAACUGUAACAAGAGCUACAAACAGGCGAAUGGGCUCAAGUACCACAUGACACACGGCUCUUGCAACUUCGCACCGCCGAAGGACCUCGAGCACAUUCAGGCGCUCCUAGAGAGCAAGCGCAAGGACGGCAGCACCGAGCCCAUGACUGAUGCGGAGCUUCGCGAGGUCGAACGUGAGGCCGAGCGGAGAUUAAGGCCAUACGCAUGCGGUGUUGGCGAUUGUCAAAGGCGGUACAAGAACAUGAACGGGCUUCGGUACCACUACCAGCACUCGGGCGAUCAUGGUGCGAUCGGCCUUGCGAUGCUCGCCAGUGGUCAGCACGAGUGUCUCCAGCACAGCAAGUCGAGGCACCACACGCCUUCGUCAAAUUCUCACUCCACGCCCGCCUCGGCAGCUCCCUCGCAGACGUCUUCGCCGCUCUCGACACCUCAACUGUCGCGUGCACAGUCAGCCGCCACCACGAAUUACGCCGCCCAGAUGCCGCCAUCAUAUCACAGCGUCUCUAUGGCGCCUCCGCAGUACCAGCCCCUGCACGAUCAGCAGUACUCGCAGGUCCCGGCGACGUACAUGACCCCGAUGUCGAGAAGUGGCGCUGUUUAG